AGAAACAACCAGCUAUGCCUUGGGAUCAAAAUCCUGAACAAUCAAAUGGAAAUUACAGUGAAGAUGAACAAAAGGGAAAGCAGAAAUCAAGAGAGGAAGGAGGAGAAGCUGGCGGAAAGAGAGAGCAAGAAAAAGACGAGGAAAUCGAAAAGGAGAUGGAAGAUGAACAGGAAGUAAAAAGCGAAAGGGAAAAUGAGAAACAGAAACAGUAUCCCAAGACAAGAUUUGUCAGCAAAUCCCUCAUGGACACUCUCUGGGCAAAGUUUAAGUUAAACAGGUGCCCCACAAUACAAGAGAGUCUAUCACUCUCAUUUGAAUUUGACAUGACACAUAAGCAGAUAAGUCAAUGGUUCCAUAAAAAGAGGAAGAAAUAUAAUAAAGAAAUGUCCAAGAGAAAGCAUAAGAAAAAACAUAUGAG